GAUUUAGGGCAAAAGUCACUGAGGGUGACCUUUGUCACGUGUCGCAGGGUCACGUGAUUAAAUUCCGUGCUGUGAUUGGCGGAGAGCAGUUCGGUCCUGCAGCCGAGACCAUCAUCACGACUUUGAGCUGAAAACCAUAACAAUGUUGUUGAAGUUGUUAAAGGUUGGUGUACAGACGGGUUUGAGGUUCAGCAGUGGUGCAGCUCGAGCAGCUCCUUUAGUGAAGAGUUCUAGCACUGGGUUCUCCUUCGAUUUGACUGAGCAGCAGAAGGAGUUCCAGGAGGUGUCCCGGAAGUUUGCACGAGAGGAGAUCAUCCCUGUCGCUCUGGAGUAUGACAAGAGUGGGGAAUAUCCAGUUCCUCUGAUCAAGAGGGCAUGGGAGCUUGGUCUGAUGAACGCUCACAUCCCUGAGGAGUGUGGUGGUCUCGGGUUGUCUAGUUUUGAUGCGUGUCUGAUCACAGAGGAGCUGGCGUACGGCUGCACAGGGGUUCAGACCGCCAUCGAGGCCAACUCUCUUGGACAAAUGCCGGUCAUUAUUGCUGGUAACGAUGAACAGAAGAAGAAAUAUCUGGGCAGGAUGACCGAGGAGCCUCUGAUGUGUGCGUACUGUGUGACUGAACCAGGCGCAGGCUCUGAUGUCGCAGGAAUAAAGACUCGAGCUGAGAAGAAAGGAGACGAGUACGUUGUCAACGGUCAGAAGAUGUGGAUCACCAACGGAGGAAAAGCAAACUGGUAUUUCCUCCUCGCCCGGACCGUCCCUGACCCUAAAUGCCCGGCCAGUAAAGCUUUCACAGGCUUCAUCGUGGAGUCCGACACUCCUGGGAUUCAAAUCGGCAGGAAGGAGAUGAACAUGGGCCAGAGGUGCUCAGACACUCGCGGCAUCACUUUCGAGGACGUCAGGAUCCCUAAAGAGAAUGUGCUGAUUGGAGAGGGGGCGGGGUUUAAAAUCGCCAUGGGAGCCUUUGACAAGACACGCCCCCCUGUAGCUGCAGGAGCGACGGGUCUCGCACAGAGAGCACUGGAUGAAGCCACUAAAUAUUCCCUGGAGAGGAAAACCUUCGGUCGGUUUAUCGCUGAGCACCAGGCUGUGUCAUUCAUGCUGGCCGAGAUGGCGAUGAAGGUGGAGCUCGCCCGACUGGCCUAUCAGAGAGCAGCAUGGGAAGUGGAUGAGGGCAGGAAGAACACUUACUAUGCCUCCAUCGCUAAGGCCUACGCCGGCGACAUCGCUAACCAGGUGGCGUGUGACGCCGUGCAGAUAUUCGGAGGAAACGGAUUCAACAGCGAAUAUCCUGUCGAGAAGCUGAUGAGAGACGCCAAGAUCUAUCAGAUUUAUGAAGGCACCGCUCAGAUCCAGAGGCUCAUCAUCUCCCGAGAACAUCUGGGAAAAUACAAACAGUGAAAGUCUGAUGUUUAGCCGUGGAGCUUCUCGCCCCAGCAGCAGCACUUCAGAGUUUAAAGAUUAAAAUGUAGAUUAUUACUUCAUUAUAAAACUGUUUAUAAUCAUGUGAUCAGCAGGUGAAGCUCUACAUCGGUCUCCUCUGUGCUCUUUACAUGGUAAUGAUUUGUUGUUUGUUCUCAGUUGCUGGACAUUUACACGAGUAUCAGAUACCUGCCGUGUGUCUAUAAUUCCUGCCACCGCUCACGACUGAGUGUGAAAUCACACAAACUCAGGGCUUCACUUCUUUUCUAACCAACAUCCCUUCUGUGAGAAAUAAUAAAGAACAAAGAUUA